GAGAAUAGUUUUUGCACAGGGAAAACGAGGCAGUACACGGACUAUUUAGUAUUCUCCCACCAACCCUGACCCUCAAUCACAGCACAUAUAUAGUCAAACAAAACAGAUUCUCUUUUCCAACUGUAAUUGAUUAUUCAUUGAAUCGAGUAGUCGACUUUAAAUAUAACUCUUUCAGGCAAACUUUUAUAGUAGUAAUUAUUUUCAAGUUAUGGGAAUUAAUGGAGUUGAAGGAGAUAAAACACUGCAGUCCAUUUGCUAUAAGCGAGGUUCACUUCGCCUACUAGAUCAGAGAAAACUCCCUUUAGAGACGACAUAUUUGGAUAUCAAAGAUACAAAAGAUGGCUGGGAAGCAAUUAAGGAAAUGGUUGUCCGUGGGGCACCUGCAAUAGCCAUAGCAGCUGCCCUGUCUUUGGUGGUAGAAGUUUCAAAUUUAGCUUCUUUUAAUGGGACUAGUGAUGAUGCAGCCACUUUUCUACGGAAGAAAUUGGAUUAUCUUGUGUCAAGCCGGCCAACAGCUGUUAAUCUUUCAGAUGCUGCUGUUAAGCUCAACGAAGUUAUAGACAAGGCUGCUGCUGAAGCUAAAGAAGUCAAUAGUGUUUUUCAGGAGGCUUACAUAGAAGCAACUGAAGCUAUGCUCGAGUAUGAUGUAAUGUCAAAUAAGGCAAUUGGGUCAUAUGGUGCUAAUUUUCUUCAGAAACACUUGACAGACAAUCAGAAGAUAACAAUCUUGACCCAUUGCAACACUGGAAGAAGGUUAUCCUCUCUCGUAUUCAAUAGUUUCGCUUCAGUGGCCAUUGGGUUUCUGUGCAAGUCUAACAGAGAAGAAGCAGGAAGAAAUUGUGACAAGGCACUUCAUGCUCAAGGAGUUCUAGAAAGGGCUUACUGCACAGAAACACGUCCAUUCAACCAGGGAUCCAGACUCACUGCAUUUGAGUUGGUUCAUGAGAAUAUACCAGCCACCCUUAUAGCAGAUUCAGCUGCAGCUGCAUUAAUGAAUGCUGGUCAAGUGAAAGCUGUCGUUGUUGGAGCUGAUCGUGUCACUGCUAAUGGUGAUACUGCCAAUAAGAUUGGAACUUAUAGCUUAGCCGUCUCUGCUAACCGUCAUGGUAUUCCAUUUUAUGUUGCGGCUCCUUUGACUUCUAUCGAUCUAUUCCUUUCUACUGGACAACAAAUUGAGAUAGAAGAAAGAUCUCCAAAGGAACUGUUGCAUACACGUGGAGGACUAGGUGAACAAGUUGCUGCCUCUGGUAUAUCUGUUUGGAACCCGGCAUUUGAUGUGACUCCUGCUAAUUUGAUUAGUGGUAUCAUCACUGAAAAGGGUGUUAUCACAAAGAAUGGGGCUGAUACCUUUGAUAUUGCUGAAUUUGUGCGCAAGACAUCAGGAGACUUGUGAUGUUGGUUUAAUUGGUCAGUCAUGAGAUAUUUCUUGUGUCCUCAUUUUGUCGUUCGUUUAGUAUCCCAUUUGUACUAUCAGCAUUCAGUUCUCAGCUGUAAGUGUUUAAAGUACUCAAUAAAGUUUAAUCUUCUGCUC